AUGGGCUGGCGCGACGAAUGGCCCGUUGGAUCGAAUGGAGAAGAGUACGAGGGCAAACAGAUUCUGACACUGGUGCGGGACAAUGCUAGUCCCUUCAGAGACGUGUGGAACGUCCAGUUGCUCAUUGAUGAGAUUGAAGAGAAGCUCCAAGUUGAAGUAACAGAUAUCCCGACUAUCGAUAAAGGCUCCAACAACUAUGGAUUUCACCUUCAGGUUCGCGAUGGACCGGACUUGGUAGUUCGUCUAGCUCGCGGCGACGUCAAUAUGCCGGAUUUUGAUGGCUUUGUCGUCGAGCGGCAGGUCGCUGAAGUUAAAUUCGAAGCCGCCACAUAUGAUCUGUUGCGGAACGAAGCAGAAGUCCGCGCAUCUCGUCUGCUCUAUCACCGUGCACCGGUCCUCAAACCGAGUCCUAAAGUCCAGAUACCAGCAGAUCUCUCGGGUCGACGCAUCUUUGUGUUCGAACGAUCAGACGGCACAAACAAUGUGUGGAAAGGGCUCGAUGCUGAGGCAAAGAUUGUUCUCCUUGAUCAGCUUGCACGCAUGCGUGCCGCUCUCUUCAACUAUUGCCCACCCUCUGACUUUGCAGCCAAGUACCUGCAUAGCCGCAUCUUUGACUUCAAACCACACGCUUUCACCUUACCCGUAGCGCCUACUCGCGAAUUCUGGAUACACGUAAUGGAGUCAAAGGUUGAAGCAACAAUCAAGAACGAAGGUGACAUGAUUGGAUGGGAAGAUGAUGAAGAAACUGUGGGACCUGUUGCACUAGCAGCGAAGCAGUCUCUCCUCAGAGCGAUACCACAUCUACUGCCGCAAGAGAACUCCGAGAUCUUGUACAGGUUAGUGCUUGAGCACGGUGACUUUGGGAUACACAAUACUUCGAUCAUCACAGACGACGACCGUAAGCCCGGAGUGACGUCGCUAUAUGAUUGGGAGACAGCAUGCAUCGUUCCAGCUCUACUAGCUGACCCACUUGUCGCGGCUGGUCCUGUGGAUCUGAUCACGAACGAGCAUGCUGAGCCGGCUGUCACUAGGAUACCUGGAUCACCGACGGCUGCAGAACUUGAAGCAUAUGCCACCUGGUCGCGACAUUACAUCACGGUUCGUCUGAACCGAAUCCUGCUUACCAUGACGGUGCGCUAA